AUGGCCGCGAGCGCGACAGCCUCGCUCGCGCUCGCGCCGGGGCACCGCGCCCCUCGCGUCCUCCCCCGCGGUCGUCCCUCGCGACGCGGCGGCGAAGUGACGACGUCGUCGAUCCGCCGCCAGACGCGAACGAGGAGAAUGUCGAGAAUCCGCCCCGCCGCCGCGCCGAAACCGUCGUCGUCGUCCUCCUCCUCCUCCUCCUCCUCGGAGAAGGACUCCGAGACCGCGGGCGACUUCUUCGAGUUCAAGCGCGACGACCAAGGGCGCAUCAUCGGCGCGAACGGGAAGCCGAUCGACCCACCGAAGGACGGGUGGGUCGCGGACAUGGAAAAGCAGUGGGCGGCGACCGGCUACGACGAGCGAUUCUUCGACGACGACUGGGAGACGAACCUCGAGAAGAACCCGAACGCCACGCAGGAGGACAUCGAAGCCGCGCUGAAGAGCGCGCAGCCGACGUAUCCGUUCGCGGUGUUGGAAGAGGAGGAGUGGAAGGAGUCGGGCGUGACGUGGGAGGAGGAGGGCGAGGAGAACGUCUUCGCGGACUCGUUCGAGGGGCCCGGGUGGAAUCGCAGUCAUCAUUCCGACGACGACGACGACGACGACGGGGAGGAGACGGCGCGGCUCACGUACACGCCGCCGGAGGGGAUCGAAGUCGACGAGAUCACCGCGAAGGUGGCCGCGGAGGUGUUCGACCUCGACGACACGAGGAAGGAUCUCUCUCGGGACGACGACGACGAUCCGAAGCUUCGCGCCAGCGUGGCCGCGGACCUGACGCCGUCCGAAGAAGCCGCGCGACUCGGCUUUAACGAUCCGUACCUGGACGUCGACGGCGAACCGGAGGGCCCGCCCGCGGUGAUGCUCGCCGGGUUCAGAGCCGAGGAGCUGCCGCGCGUGCGAGAGCUCCUCGACGAGCUCGGCGGGCACGACGUCCCGGUGAUCCCCGUCCCGCAGGCGCACCUCGCGCGGCCGCUGAGCGACGCGCUGUCGCUCCCGGAACCCGACUGGGAGUCCCCGCGCGUGAGCGAGCGGUUCAACCAGGGCGGCGAGUUCGGGUCGCAGCGCGCGGUGAUCUUCAGCGGGCUCGACCGCGGCGAGAUGGCGUGCGUCGUCUCCGCGAUCGAACGCCGGGGGCUCCCGAGGCUGUUGACCGCGGUGAUCACGUCGGACAACGCGGAGAAGACGCUCGGGGAGGCGCUCGCGACCGCGGUGAAGGAGUCGCGCGAGGAGAAAAGGCGGAGGAAGACUUUCCGCGAGCAGUUCCCGAGCGAGCGCGUCGCGAGCGAGCUCCGCGAGCUUCAGAGAGAAGCGCGGAGGGAGGGGCUGAGCGUCGAGGAGAUCGUCGCGCGAGAGAUCAAGCGCCAGGACCAGGCCGCGGCGGACGACGCGGCGGCGACGCGCGCGAGGGACGAGCGCGUGCGUCUGAACGAGGCGCAUCUGGAGAAGCUGAAGGAGGAGUACGUCCGAAAGGCCCGGGCGAGGGCGGCGGCGGAGGCGGUGUCGGGCGGGGCGACCCCGGAGCCGGACGCGGCGGGGUGGCCGACGUUGGAGGACACCGUGCGCGACGUCCUUGAGGAAGACGGGAUGGAGAUUCGCCUGGACGAGGAGGCAGAGGACGGCGUCGAGCGAUUCGAGUGGGAGGACGACGACGACGACGACGAGGGCGGCGACGCGCCGUCGCCGGCGGCGACGAGAGCGAGAGAACCGCCGCGGGAGGACGACUUCGACCCGCCCGACGACUUCGACGAGGACGGCACGCGCGAGGUUGACCCCGUGGCGUGGUCCGCGCGACAGUCACAGUCACAGUCCGCCGCCGACUUCUCUUCGAACAUCUCGGCGGCGCCCGCGCCCGCGCCCGCGCCGCCCGGGGGGAUCUUCGAGCGGCCGCCCGCCGCGGUCGCGGAGCGCGCGCCGCCGCCGCCGCCGCCGAUCGACGAGCCGCCGAGCUCGCGACCGAACCCGAUGACGGCGUCCGGGGUCGUGGGCGCGAGCGUGGACGCGGUCGACGCGGAGGCGGCGCCGGAGAACGACGUCGUCGAGGCGCAGGUGAUGACCAAGAAGAUGUUGCGGGAGCUCGCCGCGCGCCGGGGGGUGUCGUACACGGAGUUGGCGCGGCAAGCGGAGGCGAGCGGCGUGGAGUUGCCGGACGAGUAG